AUGGGCGUCCAUCACAUCGUCAUGUUCCAGUUCAAGGCCGACGCCAGCCCCGAGGCCGUCAAGGGCGCGUGCGACGAAAUGGUGGGCCUGGCAAAGGCGUGCGUUCACCCGGCGACGACCAAGCCCUACAUCAAGUCGGUGACGGGCGGCAAAGACAUUUCAAUUGAGGGAAUGCAGAACGGCAUGACGCAUGCGUUUGUCGUCGAGUUCCAGUCGGUGGCCGACCGCGACUUUUACGUCAAGGAAGACGCGGCGCAUCGGGCGUUUGUGGAGAAGUAUGUCGCGGCGUCGGGGGCGGUGGUGGCCAAGGCUUUGGUGGUGGACUUUGCUCCCGGCGAGCUGUAG